AUGAGAGCACACAUAGUCUUUUUGCUUUUCUUUAUACCAUUCAGCUUAAUCAUUUCCAGCUCAAAUAAGUUUUUGGUCAAUGGCUACUGUCAUGGCCAUGAACAUUCUUUGUUGCUCCAAUUGAAAAACAGUCUGAUAUUCAACCCCACAAAAUCUUCAAAGCUAGUUCAUUGGAACCAAAGUGAUGAUGAUUGUUGCCAAUGGCACGGGGUGACAUGUAAACAGGGACAUGUUACAGUCCUUGAUCUUAGUCAAGAGUCUAUCUCCGGAGGACUUAAUGAUUCAAGUGCUCUUUUCAGCCUGCAAUAUCUGCAGAGUCUGAAUUUGGCUUUUAAUCACUUUCGUUCUGUGAUUCCGCAAGACUUGCAUAGGCUACAUAAUUUGAGGUAUUUAAACUUGUCUAAUGCCGGCUUUAAGGGACAGGUUCCGGAGGAAAUUUCUCACCUCAAAAGGUUGGUCAUUCUUGAUUUUUCUUCUAAAUUUAUUUCACUGCAGAACUUAAAACUUGAGAAGCCAAAUAUAGGAAUGCUUGUGCAAAACCUUACAGAUAUUACAGAAUUAUAUCUAGAUGGUGUUGCAAUAUCAGCUAGGGGAGAGGAAUGGGGUCAUCCUUUAUCUUUAUUGAAGGGGCUUCGUGUUUUGAGCAUGUCAUCAUGCAAUCUCUCUGGACCUAUUGAUUCUUCACUAGCUAAGCUUCAAUCACUUUCAAUUGUAAAAUUGAGCCAAAAUAAAUUGUUUACAACUGUGCCAGAUUGGUUCAGAAAUUUCUCCAAUUUAACCAUCCUACAACUCAGUAGUUGUACCUUGAAAGGUUUUUUCCCAAAAGAUAUCUUCCAAAUACACACAUUAAAAGUCCUUGACAUGUCAAACAAUCAAAACCUUUAUGGUUCUUUGCCAGAUUUCCCACCAUUCGCAUAUCUUCACUAUUUAAAUCUCAACAAUACAAAUUUCUUAGGACCACUUCCAAAUACUAUCUCCAAUCUGAAGCAGAUAUCAACCAUUGAUCUAUCUUACUGCAAAUUCAAUGGAACGAUUCCCAAUUCAAUGUCAGAACUCACCCAACUUGUUUAUUUAGACAUGUCUUCCAAUAACCUCACAGGUCCACUCCCUUCGUUCAAUAUGUCCAAGAACCUCACAUAUUUAUCCUUAUUUCUCAAUCAUUUGAGUGGGGAUUUACCAUCCAGCCAUUUCGAGGGUCUUAAAAAUCUUGUCAUCGUUGAUUUAGGGUUCAAUUAUUUCACAGGAAACAUUCCCUCCUCUCUAUUAAAGCUUCCAUACUUACGAGAACUUAUGCUUCCCUUUAAUCAACUCAGUGGUGUCUUGAGUGAAUUUGAUAAUGCAUCUCUUCCUGUAUUGGAGAUGCUUGAUUUGGGAAGCAAUAACUUACAAGGACAUGUUCCUUUCUCUCUCUUUAACCUUCGAACACUUCGUGUCUUUCAACUUUCUUCCAACAAGUUUAACGGCACAAUACAGUUGAAUGUCCUUCAAAGGCUACGGAAUUUAAAUGUACUAGGCUUAUCACAUAACAAUCUGUCAAUUGAUGUCAACUUCAGAGAUAAUCAUGAUUUGUCACCGUUUCCAGAGAUAAAAGACCUUAUGUUGGCUUCCUGCAAGUUAAAGGGAAUCCCAAGUUUUUUAAGAAACCAAUCCAAAUUACUAUUUCUUGACCUAUCUAGCAAUGGUAUUGAAGGGCCGAUACCUAACUGGAUUUGGAAACUUGAAUCUCUCCUUAGCUUGAAUCUUUCCAAGAAUUCUCUGACUAACUUUGAAGAAAGUAUUUGGAACUUGAGUUCUAACCUCUAUUUGGUUGAUCUUAGUUUUAACAAGUUGCAAGGGCCUAUUUCUUUCAUUCCAAAGUAUGCUUUUUAUUUGGACUACUCAAGCAACAAGUUGAGCUCUAUCAUACACCCAGACAUCGGAAACUAUCUCCCUGCAAUAAAUAUAUUGUUUCUUUCAAACAAUAGUUUUAAGGGAGAAAUAGACGAGUCCUUGUGUAAUGCUUCAAGCCUACGCUUGUUGGAUCUCUCCUACAACAACUUUGAUGGGAAGAUUCCUAAGUGUUUUGCAACCCUGAGUAGCAAACUGAGGAUGUUGAACUUUGGAGGUAACAAGCUUCAUGGUCAUAUCCCUGAUACUAUAUCUCCAAAUUCAUGUGCACUGAGAUAUUUGAAUCUAAAUGACAAUUUAUUGGACGGUAGCAUACCAAAAUCUUUGGUCAAUUGCAAUAAACUUCAAGUCUUAAACCUUGGAAAUAAUUUUUUAAGUGACAGAUUUCCAUGUUUCUUAAGCAAUAUUUCCAACCUGCGAAUCAUGAUUUUAAGGUCAAAUAAGAUGCAUGGAUCUAUUGGAUGCCCAAAUAGCACUGGUGAUUGGGAGAUGCUUCAUAUUGUUGAUCUAGCCUCCAAUAACUUCAACGGAACAAUACCAGUUGCCCUAUUAAAUAGUUGGAAGGCAAUGAUGCGUGAUGAAGGCGUUCUUAGGAAAGAAUUAGGCCAUUUGUUUUUUGACAUCGAUGAUAACUUCCAUCCUAUGAGUUUCAAGGCUUUGUUACCAGAUUUGGACAAACAUGUGUCAAUGAAUUUGAUUAAACUCCUUGCAAACAUGUCUCGCUCUAUUAUUGACCAGGAGUAUGCUAAAUUUAAAAUUCUUGCUCGUUAUCAGGAUACAAUUAUUAUUGUCAACAAAGGUCAGCAAAUGAAUGUUGUCAAAAUUCAAAGUACCUUCACUUACGUUGAUAUGUCAAGCAACUAUUUGGGGGGGCCAAUACCUGAUGUGUUGAUGCGAUUCAAAGCAUUGAAUGCUCUAAACUUGUCACAUAAUGCAUUAACGGGACAUAUACCAUCAUCAGUGGAGAAUUUAAAGCAUCUUGAGUCUAUGGACUUGUCAAACAACUCCUUGAAUGGAGAGAUUCCUCAAGGGCUUUCAAGUCUAUCUUUCCUAGCAUAUAUGAAUCUCUCGUUCAAUCACCUAGUUGGACGAAUUCCUUUGGGUACUCAAAUUCAAACAUUUGAUGUAGAUUCCUUUGCAGGGAAUGAAGGAUUGUGUGGACCUCCACUGACCAAGAUAUGUGAACCUCCACAACCAGCAUCUGAAACACCUCAUUCCCAGAAUGAGAGUUUCGUUGAAUGGAGUUUCAUAAGUAUUGAGUUGGGAUUUUUUUUUGGCUUUGGAGUUUUCAUCCUUCCUGUUUUUUGUUGGAAGAAAUUGAGGUUGUGGUAUUCCAAACACGUAGAUGAAAUGCUUUACAGGUUCAUCCCCCGGCUAGAUUUUGUGUAUGAACAACAUGAAGGGAAGAGAUACAAAACUCUAAAGUGGAUGUACUGA